CAGGACAAUAGCUGUGCGAUUUCCUCCGAAAAAGUGCAGUUUCCUCUGGAGGACCUGACUCAGCAUCUGUCCCCUGCCUGCUUUGGAAAGGGCUGCUGCCUGGCUGCUGGGAUUACACCUGGGCAUAAACGCUUCUGGUGGGCAUCAUGCCCCGGGUAUGAGACAGCCAGCCUGGCUCAGCAGCCACGGUCUCAGCCGCGUUCAUUGUCCCAGGAGAUGCUGUUAUAGCCCAACGAUGAGAGAUGCCAUCCCUGUGCUGGGCAGCUCUGCUUGCCCUAGGUCUGGUGAACAUGAGUUCAUCCUCCGUGUAUCCCUGCAGCCUUUUCAUAUGGCAUCUUCCAGGACCUCUGAUCCCUCAGAUCCCCCAUCUCCAGUUUCGUGGACUCCUGUAUAGCAGCUUCUCACUAGAGGACCGAGGUUGACUUGAAUGACUAUUCUGUUGCCUUUGUUGCUGGAUUGUAAGUUCUUUGCGGCCAGGGACUGUGCUUUCUGCUCACUGCUCUGCGCCCAGUGAUGAGCCUGGCCCUGCAUGUUCCAGGAACUCAGUAAAUACUGAAGGCAUAUUUGCCUCACAUGUGAGUGAGCAGAUGCUGUGGAGUGGAUUGGGAGAGUGCAGAAGUGGGAGCAGUCGAGUCAGCACGCCUGGAGAAAGCAGAGUGCUGGGAUACGUGCUGGUCAGUGAGAAGGUCGGAGGGGCUGAAGGGACCAAGCUUGACGAUGACUUCAAAGAGAUGGAGAAGAAGGUCGAUGUUACCAGCAAGGCUGUGGUGGAAGUGCUGGCCAGAACCAUCGAAUACCUGCAGCCCAACCCAGCCUCGAGGGCCAAGCUGACGAUGCUCAACACAGUGUCCAAGAUCCGCGGGCAGGUGAAGAACCCCGGCUACCCGCAGUCGGAGGGCCUGCUGGGCGAGUGCAUGAUUCGCCAUGGGAAGGAGCUGGGUGGCGAGUCCAACUUCGGCGACGCCCUGCUGGAUGCAGGGGAGUCCAUGAAGUGCCUGGCCGAGGUGAAGGACGCCCUGGAUAUAGAGGUCAAGCAGAACUUCAUCGAUCCCCUCCAGAACCUGUGCGACAAAGACCUGAAGGAGAUCCAGCACCACCUGAAGAAGCUGGAGGGCCGCCGCCUGGACUUUGACUACAAGAAGAAGAGGCAGGGCAAGAUCCCUGACGAGGAGCUGCGCCAGGCCCUGGAGAAGUUUGAAGAGUCCAAGGAGGUGGCUGAGACCAGCAUGCACAACCUCCUGGAGACUGACAUUGAGCAGGUUAGCCAGCUCUCUGCCCUGGUGGACGCCCAGCUGGAAUACCACCGGCAGGCCGUGCAGAUCCUGGACGAGCUGGCCAACAAGCUCAAGCGAAGGAUGCGGGAAGCCUCUUCGCGCCCCAAGCGCGAAUACAAGCCCAAGCCCCGGGAGACCUUCGACCUUGGGGAGCCUGAGCAGUCUAAUGGGGGCUUCCCCUGUGCGCCAGCCCCCAAGAUCACAGCUUCGUCAUCUUUCCGGUCUUCUGACAAGCCUGUCCGGACCCCCAGCAGGAGCGUGCCGCCCCUGGACCAGCCGAGCUGCAAGGCACUGUAUGACUUUGAGCCCGAGAAUGAUGGGGAGCUGGGCUUCCAUGAGGGUGACAUCAUCACGCUGACCAACCAGAUUGAUGAGAACUGGUACGAGGGCAUGCUCCAUGGCCAGUCGGGCUUCUUCCCCCUCAGCUAUGUGGAAGUGCUGGUGCCCCUGCCUCAGUGACAGCGUCGGCCUGUCUGCCCCUCUGUCCAGAUCACCUGUAUUCCACUUGGCCCAAAGUUCAAGGGCAGUGCCCCUCCUAGGGCCUUCCGAGGUACUCCCAGGGCACCAGGGACUUGGGGCAGCAGUCCAGCGGGGGGCCGGGGCCCUGUUUACACUAGUGCUCACCCACAGCGGCGGUGGGGCCUCCCCUCUCUACUCCAUGCAGCUGUGUGGGGCUCCGCUGCCCUGAGGGGGCUAACACUAAGGUGCUCUUAGAAACACUAACUUCCUCCCGCUGCCUCCAGGACUGGUAACUCUGGGUGGUCCCCCCUGCCCCACUCACAACAACGACACACACAUACCCUCUGUCCUGUCCACAAUGGGGCUUGGCCCACCCUGACUUGGCCUUACUGGGAGCAGAUUGAAAGUCUGUGUGAUGGGGUGGUCCAAGCAGGACCCCUGGCUGAGUGAGGCUCACCACCCUGCUUUUAAAUUCCUGUAAGAUACUCCCUUCUCAGGCCCCUACACACCCACAGAUGCCACCUCCCUAAGAGGGCUUUGCCAUUAAGGACAGGCUGGCCUUUCCUCAGCUGCAGGGUGCUGAGCCCCACAUACCUGCCCACCACCCCACCCCCCACCUGCGAGGUGCCCCACCCCCAACCAAGCACAUGAACGUUUCUCUCUGGCACAACUUGCUUCCACCAGCUACGCGCACACACACUCAACUCGACACACAUGGGACCAUGGGAGCCCUCAGCUUCCUCUCUCCUGAAGGUCAAGCACAAAGGCUUUGAUGAGUGAAUGUUCCCAGACCCCUAGCUGCUGGGGCUGUACUGGGGGUCUCACAGGCCCUCCCACAUCCCAAGCUGGCUGCCGUCCCCCUCUUGACAGUGUCCCCAGCUGUCUCUUCCAGACCAAGGUAGGCAGCUGUGCAGAUGAGCACGCAUCCGCUUCCCCUCUUGCCUAAUCUGAAAUUGGCUUAAUGGAGGGACCUCUGGCCUGGUUCACAUUCCCUUACUUCAGUGACCCUGCUCAGCCCCCAGACACAAGGCUCUGCUCGCCCCCAAGGCCCCCUCACCAUCGUGAGUGGGAGAGACCCAGGCAUCCGGACCAAGACAAGCAGUACAGCCUUGGUCACUGUCUAGGGCAGGUGGAAAUGUAAUCUUGACUUUAAAAAAAAAAAGUAUUAAACGUUUCUUUCUACAGUCUCUUGCCUGGUUGUGGUGCAGAGA